ACCUAAAUCCUAAACGACGUCGUUUUUUAUUUGUCUUCUUUUGCUCUGACUUCUUUUUCUCUCUCGACGACAGAAACGCGACGCCGUUCUUCUCCCAUCUUGAUCUUCUUCACAUCUUCAUCUUCUCGUUUUCUGCAAAAUUUCGCCUAAAUCAAGCCUCUGUCAUCAUUCUUCAUCUUUCUCCUAACAUCUCAAAUGGUAACGAAGAAGGGUAAGGGGAAAGGCAAGGGAAAAGGCAAGACCAAAGGCAAUACAAGACCAAAAGCUAGAAAACCGAUUGUAGAAGAGCUCUCAAAUGAAAUCCCAGUUCCAGAACCGACAGUGUAUUCACUCUCGGUCUCAGAUGGGUCAGAAAGUCAGGGAAUGUCUGCAUCAUCUCAGGAAAGGCAGCCAAUGCAAUUUCUUGAGUUGUACUUCAACAACUCUCAGUUCACGAAAAGUGGAAGAAGCUGUAAAUCCCACUGAAGAAGAAGUAGAAAACCGAGAACCUGAAAAAUUAGUGGAAGAGGUGGAAAAAACCACAGAGGAAAAUGGUGAAAAAUACACUGAAGAAGAGAAGCAAAAUUGGUACAUGGUUGUGUACAAAGACAGUGAAGAAGUGGUGAAGGAAGCUGCACCCAAGGCUAGGCCGAAGGUCAUGGCAUUCCCAGGCCUGAGACAUUAGCAAAAAUGAGAGCUAAAGCUGCAGCUAAGAAAAAAAGUCAAGGAAAAAGAAAGAUUGACAGAAGAAUGAAAAAAUAAAAAAAUUGAGUAUGUUUUAAUGUAGGAUUAUAGUUUAAAAGUUUUUUUUUCUUCUACAAAUACAUUUUGUGUGUCAGUAAAUAUUAGACAAGGUAAUAUAUCACACAUUACACCUUCCAUCAUUUAUAAAUAAUGAAAAAAAAAGUAUUGAUCUU